AUGGCAUCCACCGAAACGUCAGAGAAAUAUGAUCUCAAGAACACCAUUACCAACGCAGAUACCCCUUCGCCUCCGUCCGAACAGCAACUGGCGCCUGAAAGCUCGCAUCUCGACUAUGCCACCUCAGGAGGCCUCUCGCACAUGCUCACCGCAGAGAGCCGCCUUCCUGCCUUUGGAGGUGCAUUCCAGCCGGGUCUAUAUCGUCCGCCAAAGAAGAUCGCCAAUCCUGCCCCUCUUGGCCUAUGUGCAUUUGGCCUCAGCGCGUUCCUCUUAGGAGCAGUCCAGAUGAAGGUCCUGAACAUCACUGUACCUAGCAUUCUCGUUGCCCCUGCCUUUGCAUACGGAGGCCUAGUCCAGCUACUGGCUGGCAUGUGGGAAAUGGCCAUUGGGAACACGUUCGGAGCUACUGUGCUCUCCUCAUACGGCGGUUUCUGGAUCUCAGUUGGAAUCAUUUUCACCCCCGGCGGCUUCAACAUCAUGGGAAGCCUGAUAGAGGCAAGCGGCGGUAAUACCGACAUGUUCAACGACUGUCUGGGCCUAUUCUUACUGGCAUGGUUUAUCUUCACUGUCAUCAUGACAUUGUGUACAUUCAAGUCCACUCUGGCCUUCUGCUCCCUAUUCAUAUUCGCCGAUAUCGCCUUGCUCCUCCUAGGAGUUGCGUUCAUCCACAGAGACGCUGAGGGUAUGCCGAAUGAAUCCCUUUGCAAGGCCGGUGGAUUUUUUGCAAUCCUAUGCGCGUUUUUGUGCUGGUACAACGCAUUCGCCGGUCUUGCGGAACCGAGCAAUAGCUAUUUCGUGCCUCCUGUUGUGCAUUUCCCGUGGUCAGAGCAAGGACGAAAGUCUCGUCGUCCUGCGCCUGUUGAAUGCACCGAGUCGGUAUAG